AUGUCUAAAAGCCGCAUGCCCCUCUACCUCUGCGCCGGUGGCGUCGGUGCAGUUGGCUACUACCUGUACAGAGCAGGUGGUGACCCCAAAGUUGCAGGAGACAAGAUAAAGAUCGACGCUGAAAAGGCACGCGAGAAGCUCCCUGGCAACGAGAGCGCCGAGAAGUUCGGCAAGGACGUCGGCAAGGACGCCGGCUCCAAGGUUGACGAAGCUAUCGCCAAUGCCCGCGCCAAGGGCGAGAAGAUCCCCGAGUGGGCCCAAGAGGGCAAGGAUAAACUCGACGGCCUCCGCGACGACGCUAAGAGCAAGUUCAAUGCCGGUCGGGAUAAGGUCAACAGCGGUGUGGACCAGGCGGAUCGCACGGUCGAGCAGAAGGCCGCGGACGCUAAGGGUACUGUCUCCGGCUGGUUUGGAAGCAAGAAAUAA